ACGUGAUCACAGUUGUGUUUACCUUAGCAACCAUGGCGGAUGACAUCGAAGAGUUGGCUGAUGGAGUUUCAGAAGAGGCCAAAACACGUCUUGUUGAAACUGUGGAGGAUCUCAGGCAGAGCAAUGCCGCGCUCCGGGCGGAGACGGAGAUGUUCGAGCGCUUCAUCAGACGGCAGGAGGCCAAGGACGACAGCGCCCUGUCCGACGGCCUGGGAGGGAUCUUCCAGGACAUGGGAAUGUGCCAAGGGAGGAAGGCCAGGCUGGCUCAGGAGAAGCACCGGCUCACUAUGGAGCAGAAGUGUGACGUGGCAGAGAGAGAGCAUGACACGAUGCGGGAGGAACUGCAACACCUGAAGGAAAGCUCAGAGCGGCAGCUGCACAGCCACCAGGCCACAAUGGAGGAGGCGGAGAUUAGGCUGAGCGAGGUGAAGAAGGCCAGCUACGAGUUUGACCGCGACGUUGCCAAGGUGAUUCGAGAGAAGAAGGGCGGCAUGAUGGACGCAGAGAAGGUCAUUCGUUACAUAGAGGACAGAAUUAAGGCGAAGGACGCCCUGGUGGAGAAGCUGCGUCUGAAGAACGGCGCUCUGAGGGUGCAGAAGCGGAAGCUGGAGCUGCAGCUGAAGCAGAAGGAGGAGGUGGGGGAGGCGCGGCACCACGUGGACUUCCAGCAGCUGAAGAUCAAGAACACGCAGUACCUGCAGCAGAUCGACGUCCUCAACCAGGACCUGCUCCGCCUCAAACUGCUGGCCGGGAGCACCCAGCAGAUCCUGCACUCGCACAAGAACAAGCUGCAGCAGCUGAUCAACGAGUCCAAGUUGCUGAGCAACGAAAUCGCCUCGCGGGACGACGUGGUGGCCAAGAUGGAGGAGGAGAAGCGGCAGGCGGAGCACGAGUGCGCGGAGGCGGAGGUGGUGAACGCGCAGCUGAAGCGGCAGCUGGAGAGCUUCAGCGUCCCGCCCCUGCUGGACUACAUCAAGGCCAAGAGCGUCCACGGCGAGCUGGAGCAGACCGUGCGGUCCUGGGAGCGCAAGGUGGUCAUCGCCGAGAUGGCGCUGAGGAACCACACAAAGAUGCUGGAAAAGAUUCAGCUUCAGGUAUCUGGUGUAGCAGACCUGAGCCAGUAACCCCGCCUUACUACACCCAAACCUGACCCAAUAACCCCGCCUUACUACACCCAAACCUGACCCAAUAACCCCACCUUACUACACCCAAACCUGACCCAA